UAUUGGCUUAGUUGCAAAAACGAACAUAUGUAUAAUUCCUACGAUACUAAAAUAAGUAUUUCAGGAACAGACAGAGGCGAGAGUGUGCGUCAAGCUCGAUCGUUUGCGCGAGUCCCGUUCUCGAGUGGUCGCACCAACGUUAAUUCCGACCAAGGGAAUUGGAGCAGAAAGAAAAACGAGAAAAGGAAAGGCGAAGACGGCGUUUUGAUCGAAUCGAAAUUUUUAAGAUUCUCGGUAUCUAAUCGGCCGCAAUAUGUACGAGCGGAAGACGUCGGAUUGAACGUGAUACAUUGUGUAGCGCUGUCACAUUAAAUAGAAACACUGCUCUAAGCGAAGCCUAUAUAAGAGUUGAGACUCGCGUCGAUAAUUGAGAGAGUAAUCAAACGGUCGGCGCAGAGCUCGCCGAUGAGAAGUCUGCGAGGAGAGUUCGAACGUAAUAGCGAUGGCCUCGUUGAAGAUUCUGUUUUGUUACAUUUUGUGCACUGUGAUGGUUUUCGGCAAAGAGUAUAGGGACGAUUCCGAGUACGAUUUUGACUUUUACGAAGACUUGUCGGAGGAUCGCGUGGGGAAUUUUUACAAGAGACGCAUCGGUGCAGCGCCGGAGGAUUAUUACGACGAGGCAGUGGGGAAUCAACGCAACGCGUAUCCUAAGUCUCAGGAUCACCUCACCGCCUUCGGGAACAACGUCGAUUCUUUCGAGAGAAAUCUGUUCGCCGAGCACCUCGACUGGUACGAAUUGCCCAGGAAGGUGUACAGAUACACCAAGCACCGAAUCCCCGGCUACGACUACGACGAGUUCGCCUCCAUAGGCUCCAGAGGCUACCAGGAGUGCGACGACCGGUCGAUUUGGACGCAUUGCCUCUGUCAGUUCACAUGUACAGAGCCGGACGUGGUGGAUUGUUACACACCGUGCAGAAGCGGAUGCGAAUGCAAGGAGGAUUACGUCUUCGACGAGAUUAGACAGAAGUGCCUGACACCAGAGCAAUGUUGGUCGGACAAGGAAGAGGAAGGGAAAGAUUUCAAUUACCAAAUAUGAAAAAAUGGUUCGCGCGAAAUCGACUCGCUGCCUCGUGCGAUGCACCGUUUCAACUAGCGCUGUCCAUUUCGACUACCCGGGUGCCCAGGUCUCUCGGGAUUAUCUGGGUAACCUAGAUCUUUCGGGCAUUACUUGGAUACCUCCGGAUAACUGAGUAUACGAUUCUAAUUUUAGACGUUACAUGUUAUUAAGUUUGUUCUUUUUAACUGAGAACCAGGUUAAAUUUCUUGCUUUUAGAACGAAACGAAUAUAUAACACAGUCCAGCGAAAAGAAAC